AUGCCUAGCACCCCAGACAAUUCCGAGAGUGACACAGCGAUGCAUGGCCCUUCUGCAAAGCAAAUUGUUGCUGAUAACCCAGAAGAAGCCAUCAAGUUCGAAGAACCGGGUCCGCCUGAUGGUGGUACUGCUGCAUGGCUAGUAUUGUUGGGGGCGUGGUGUUGCUCCUUCACCAGUCUAGGUUGGAUCAACUGCGUGGGUAGCUUUCAGCAAUACUACGAGGUCGGCCCGUUGAAGGACUACUCCAGCAGCACCAUUGCCUGGAUUCCUUCACUUCAACUAUCCUUGCUCUUCGGCUUAGGUCCAGUCGUCGGCUAUAUCUACGACAAGUAUGGGCCACGACCACUCAUGAUUGGUGGGACAUUUCUCCAUGUCUUUGGACUGAUGAUGGCUUCCUUGGCCAAGACAUACUACCAGUUCCUGCUAUCACAGGGUUUGUGUAGUGCUGUCGGCGUUGCAUGCCUCUAUUCCCCUGCCCUUGCGUGUAUCUCUACCUACUUUGCUAAGAAGCGUGGCUUAGCUAUGGGCAUCAUGGUGACUGGAUCUUCUGUUGGCGGUGUCAUCUUCCCCAUAAUGAUGACUCGCAUGAUUAAGAGCGUUGGAUAUCCCUGGGCCAUUAGGACCGGGGCCUUCCUCAUUCUGAGCCUGCAAAUCGUUGCGAUCCUGACUACACUUAUUAAUAAAUAA